UUUAGGUCCAGUUAUCGGCAGUCGUCAUAUACAAUGUUUUUUAUGCUUCUGUUGUCUAUCGUUAUGUUAUGCUCUACGUGUCAAUUUAUCGGUAGCCAUUGUCGCCAUGACGGACAAAAACUCUACAAAAAGUAAUUUUGAGGAAUUCGACUGGGAUGAAGGCACCAAAUCAUAUUUACUGAGCAGUUUCUUUUGGGGCUACAUACUUACACAAAUACCAGGCGGUCAUAUAGCUCAAAAAUAUGGUGCAAAGACGCUGCUUUUAAUUGGCAUAACAUUGUGUUCAUUGCUUACUCUGCUUACUCCAUUGGCUGCUUCCGUAGGAGGUUGGAAAUUGUUGUUUGCUGUACGUGUGGUUCAAGGUUUGCUGCAGGGCUCAGUGCAUCCAGCCACUCAUGCUAUGUUAGCCAAGUGGGCUCCAGUCGAGGAGAGAGGCAGCUUGGGUACAUUUUGUUAUUCCGGAUCACAAUUUGGCACUGUCCUGAUGUUGGCUGUUAGUGGUUACAUAGCUGAUUCAUCGGCCGGUUGGCCAGGUAUUUUUUAUGUCUCGGGCGCUAUGGGCUUUGUAUGGGCUCUAUUUUGGUUUCUAUUCGCUGCCAGCACGCCGGCUGAACACAAAAGCAUUACCAAUGAAGAAAAGAAACUUAUAGAGAACUCUUUGGGUCAAGUGGAAAAUAAACCUCAAGUAAAUGGUCCCACGCCAUGGCUUAAUAUAUUUACUUCGGCUCCUUUUAUAUCCUUGAUAAUUGUGCACUGUACGCAUAUGUGGGGUUUCUGGACUCUAUUAACUCAAAUACCCAAUUACAUGAAGAACAUAUUGGGAGUAGAUAUUAAAAAUAGUGCAUUGCUUUCCUCCUUGCCUUACGCUGUGAUGUGUUUGCUGUCCUUUUUCUUCAUAUACCUAUCAAAAGUACUGGCACGCAAGGAUAAUGUAUCGCUGUCAUUCAAUCGUAAAUUCUUUAAUAGUAUUGGCCAUUGGAUACCGAUGGUAUCGCUGAUCGCCUUAGGUUAUGUAACCAAAGAACAUGCCACAUUGGCUGUUGUCCUGUUAACGUUAACAGUGGGCAUAAGUGCAGCCACAUACUUAGGAUUCCAAGUGAACCAUAUUGAUCUCUCACCCAAUUAUGCGGGUACUCUAAUGGGCAUUACGAAUGGUGCUGCCAAUGUAAUGAGUGCUUUAGCACCGCUGGCAGUUGGCUUCGUCGUCGACGAUGUGACUAACGUGUUUGAAUGGCGUACGGUAUUCUUCAUAGCGGCGGGAUUUUAUUUCGUAGGCAAUCUUCUGUUUGUUGUAUUGGGUAAAACUGAUGUGCAGUGUUGGAAUUCGCUCACGGAAAAACCUCUGAAUAACUGCCAGUUACGUUUAGUAAAUGAUGUUGAAUCUCCUGUUUUGCUAAAGAAUGGUGAUGUGAAAGCGACAACAAAUCAUAAACAAAAUGGUACACACUAGUCUUAGCUGUAAAUAACGGGGGAUGUUUUAAAUCCCAGAUUUUCCGAACUGAAGACCUCUUUAUAUUUUUUAUUUAAAUCUAAGAUGGUUGCAUUCAUAAAACGUAAACCGAGAGACUAGAGCUAAGCAUUAAAUUUGUUAUUAACAUUUAAGCUUUUUUUUUUUAUAUAUUUUUUAAGUUUAGCAAAUGACUAAUAAGGCCUUUAGGCAAUAUUUCGAGUACGUUAUCUUUGUCCAAUUUUGUCUUGGAAAAAUGUACAUAAUUAUGAUUAAGUAAAUCGUCAAAUGCCUUAAGUUAUUAUAUAUUCAUAUAAGUUCUAAAUGUAAAAGAAGAAAAGAAAAAGAGAAGAGAUUUUUCAAAAAAAAAGGAAAAA